AUGAGAGUUAAUAUUGGCAUAGCAGCUUCGGUAGUUGCUUCAACAAUUUCUACUUGGCCUCCUAUCCAGCCUUAUGAUGCAGUUGACUGCGUGCAGAACCAACAUGGAGCGCUCUUGAUCACAAAGGAUUGUCUCGACCCAGACUACGCCUCUAUCAUCAUCGACAAUGAAACGGACGCGGAUGAUCCCGUACCGCAUCAUAGGGUGUCCGGCCAUUUCAAUGGUACAGAUACGGAUUUCAAUCUCUACUUUCCUCCACCCCAUCAAUGGAAGGGACGGUUCUUCCAGCUCGUCUACCCAUCUCAGAACUCGACAGCCGACGACAACGAGAUCGAGUUUGGCGUGGAGAGUGGCGGUGUGACAGUCCAUGGCGCGGGGACGACAGGAUAUCGGGCUGAUGCCGCUCUGGCCAAGUUUACUCGUCAGCUGGCACGCGAGUACUACAAGAUAUCAUCCGAGAAAAUUCAUGGUUAUGUGUAUGGCGGCAGUGGAGGCUCCCUGAAGACUGUUGGGGCUGCCGAGAAUACUUUUGGUGUCUGGGAUGGUUGUGUGGUUCUUAUUCAGGCAGUUCCCAUGUCCAUUCCAUACAAUUGGAAUAUGCGGUCUCUCGGUGGGCUGAUCCUAGCCCAACACAAAGAUGAGAUUAUUUCGGCCGUUCAGCCUGGUGGCAGCGGUGAUCCCUACCGUGGACUUGAUAAGGUUGAGAAAGAUGUUUUGCGUGAGAUUAGUGCCCUUGGUAUUCCUCCAAGGGGAUGGGAGGAUUGGGAGGCCAUUGCCGGGAACAGCACCCAGCUGUGGCAGACCAUGAAGGACAUUGCCGUUCCCAUGAUCCAAGACAUGGAUUCCACGUAUGUUGAUGAUUUUUGGGCCAAGCAAGGUUACGCAGGCAGCGAAAAAGGUGCGCUAGGAGACCGGUUUCGCGACGCGCUGAUCGAGUUCAACAGCACCAUCCACAGCGUCAAUGUAGGCGAGGAUAGAUUGGUGUCAGAGUUUGUCUUGGAGAACCUGCCAACUCACGCAGCAGACGCUGUUGGACUAGGCUUUUCAGUUAUGGUCAAUGGAACCCAGCGCUGGUUCUCUGGGACGCUCGACUUUUCAUCUCGCACGGUAUAUAUCCUCGCUGGUGCCGCUGAGGUGACACUUGCAGCCCUGACGCAGGGUGAGAAUAUCAUAGUUGACAAUCGUUGGUUCCUGGCCGCCCACACCUAUCAUCGCCAUCAGCUCCCUCAGUCUCAGGGAGGUUGGUAUGCUCACGACUGUCUACGCCACGGAAACGGCUCGGCCAUCUACCCCCAGCGUGCGAUUGUAGCUGGCCCUCUAAUAUCACAAUCAAGCGCAGGUGGCGGCCUGCACUCUGGAAACAUCACCAUGAAGACGAUCGUCAUGGACAAUCUUCUCGACUUUGAUGCGCUUCCCUGGCAUGCAGAUUGGUACAAAGACCAGGUCGAGAAGGCCAAGGGCAGCCUUGAUGACCAUUUUCGUCUCUACUACAACGACAACGCGGAUCAUCUGAUGGGCCAUCUGAGUGCGCCCAUCACACGACGAGUCGUUGACUUUACGGGGUUGUAUCAACAACACCUGCGCGACCUCGUGCUGUGGGAGGAGGAAGGCAUCGUCCCGCCCCAGCCUACAAAUUACACGAUUGAGGGCGGGCAGGUCAGUGUCCCUCCGUCAGCGACAGAUCGUCGGGGUAUCCAACCUGUCGUCAAGGCCCGGAUUGCUGGAGGCGACCACAUCCAGGUGACUGCCGGACAAAGGGUAGAGAUCCGCGUCGAAGCGCAAGUCCCCACCAACGUCGGACAGAUUGUAAAAGUCGAGUUUGAUCCGUUGGGCACUGGUGACUUCAGUAGCCAAAGCAUCACAGUGGGAGCAGAGGUUGAGUUGUCUUUCUCCUUUGCAUACGCAACACCCGGUGUCUAUUUUGCCGGCGUGCGGGUCGCUUCCCAUCGUGAGGGCGACGUGAAUACGAACAUUGCUUUGGCGUGGAACCUAGACCGAGUCAAAGUGGAAGUUCUGCCUUGA